UAUCCUCCUCCCACUUCCGGUUUUGGUCCUCUGGUUCUAAAGAUGCCGUACGCCAACCAGCCUACUGUUCGGAUAACGGAGCUCACCGAAGAAAACGUGAAAUUUGUGGUGGAGAACACGGACCUAGCGAUCGCUAACUCCAUUCGCCGCGUGUUUAUUGCAGAGGUUCCUACGAUUGCCAUUGACUGGGUCCAGAUAGACGCCAACUCCUCCGUCCUCCAUGAUGAGUUCAUAGCGCACAGAGUAGGCCUGGUUCCUCUGACCAGUGAUGAUAUUGUGGACAAGCUGCAGUUCUCCAGGGACUGCACAUGUGACGAGUUCUGCGCAGAAUGUUCUGUGGAGUUCACACUUGAUGUGCGGUGCAACGAAGAUCAGACGCGUCAUGUGACCUCUCGUGACCUCAUCUCCAACAGCCACAAAGUGAUUCCGGUGACCUCACGGAACAGAGACAACGACCCCAAUGACUACGUGGAGCAGGACGAUAUCCUCCUGGUGAAGUUGCGUAAAGGUCAAGAGCUGCGACUCAGAGCUUAUGCCAAGAAAGGGUUUGGCAAAGAGCAUGCCAAGUGGAACCCUACCGCAGGAGUAGCAUUUGAGUACGACCCCGACAACGCACUGAGGCACACGGUCUACCCCAAACCUGAGGAAUGGCCAAAAAGUGAAUACUCUGAAAUUGAUGAAGAGGAGGCGGAAGCUCCAUUUGAUCCCAAUGGAAAGCCAGAGAGGUUCUAUUACAAUGUGGAGUCCUGCGGAUCUCUCCGGCCUGAGACCAUCGUCCUGUCAGCUCUGUCAGGGUUAAAGAGGAAGCUGAGCGAUCUGCAGACACAGCUGAGCCACGAGAUUCAGAACGACGUCCUCACUAUUAACUGACCCCUCCCCCUCCCUCAUUUUGUAAUAAAACUGCUUGCUUGUAACCCCA